AUUGAAACCUGGCAAGUCUGUUCUGUUCUGUGGCGCGGACAGAUCACUUAACAUCAAUGAAAGAUGAAAUUAAACAUUUGUGGAUUAACUAUUGGAACCACUGGAACAAUUCUAAAGGGAAAUGGUACGCAACAAUACAGAAAAGUUUGCCAAACAAGCCAUGGUAUAAUAAAGCAAUAUGUGAGUCGAGAAAAUUUAUUACAACUAUUAACAGGCUGCGCUUUGGACACUGUUUGGUUCCAACUCACUUGCAUAGGCUUAAAAUUUUGUCGAACGACAAAUGCAGAUAUUGCCAGACUCCGCAUGCAGACAUAAAUCACGUAAUUUUCUCAUGUCCUGAAUUUAACAUCCAGCGUCUACUACUAAUUUGCGAGUUGCAAGAUAUUCAAUCAGAAGACCAGAGCAAUUGUUUUCCCCGCCGCAUUGAAGAUUUUCUCUCCAACCCAUGCUAUUUUAAACCAAUUUAUAAAUAUAUUGUAAAUACUGUAGAUAAGAUAUAGAAUAAGACAAAACGAAUAUGUUAUUUGUUUUUCUUUAGGUUAUUUUUAUUCCAUUGUUUACUUUCUAUUGUUUCUAUCGUGUAUAAGCUUCUUGUUUCUAUCCUUCUAUCGCUGUCAAUGUCAUUGUCAAAAUUUAAGUUGUCAGUAAUCUGUGUCACGCAUCUCACGUUUGUAUUUUAUUUAAGUUUGUAUUUGUACUAUGUGUUCGGCUUUAUGGACUUGUAUCCUGGCUAUGUCAUUUGCUAAUAAAAAAAAAUAAAAAAAACUGGCGCGGCAUCAUAGUAUAGUAUUCAUUCAUAGUAAUCUGUGGGUGCGGCUUUGUUUUGUUAGGAUUUUUUAGUAAUAGUUCUAUUUGGACUUGGCUGUAUUUUUCUUCAGUCAAUUUGGUUCGAUUGGAGUUGUAAUUGUUUCGAUUAUCUUACGAAACUGAAAUAUAACGGAUUUCGAAAAUAGGUACUACAUUAUGAAUAAAUCAAAGACGGGCUUGUUUGCUCUAAGUUUUUACAUAUUUUCUUCUAUAUUUAUAAUAAUUGCAUUUGUGAGUCCUUAUUGGUUAGUAACAGAUGGAAAACUAAAUAACCCCAAGUUUAUUAAAAUCGGUCUGUGGGAAGUAUGUUUCAAUGGAUUUGAAGAAGUUCAUCAUUGGUAUGAUACAAUAUUCUCAGGAUGUUGGUGGAUAUUUGAAGAGGAAUAUUACAUAAUACAUGACAUUCUUUUGCCUAGCUUCUUCAUUGCUACACAGUUUUUCUUCACCAUUUCACUGUGUUGCGUCUUGGUUUCCAUGUUCCUGUCAUUUAUUUAUAUAAGGAAAGAAAGAGAUGAUGAUAACUAUGUUACAUUGUUGGUAACUCUGGGAACUGUAUUAGUAAUUGGAGGGUUUUCUGGAUUGAUAUCUGUUGUGACAUUUGGAGCAAGAGGGGAUGGACGAGACUGGAUGCCAAAUUGGGAGCAUAAUGAUCUGGGUUGGGCAUUUGCUCUUGGAGUAAUAGGAGUGAUAUUCUUGUUUCCUGCUGGUAUUCUCUUCUUAGUUGAAGCAAGAGUACAAAAAUACAAACGGUUGCAUGAAAUGCAGAGUCGUGAUCCAUCAUCUUACACAAUGCAUGAGAGAAAAAUGGGCUACUCAGGUGGACACACAGAUAUUUGAUUUUUUUUGACUUGUACACAAAUUUUAAUCCGUCCAUGUGUUGCUUUAAUGAGCUUGUAAGAUUAUUCUAUAGAUAAAUUAAACAAAUCUCAAAAGAUACUUAUUUUAUAAGAAUAGUCUUUAACUUGUCAACAGGAUAUCAUUCUUAUUAAUCUUGUUAUACUUUAUCGUAGUUGUGUACAUGGAAUUUUAAGUGAAUAUAUUAUUAUUUUUUUAAGAAUUUACAAUACUGAUGUAUUUGUCUUAAUUUUUUUUAAUAAAUUCACAUACCCAAGUUUUGAUUAUACACACCUAGAUAUAGAUACCGUAUUAACUGCACGGAAGCGCUGCAAAAAAAUCUUAUAGUAUACAGGGCGUUCCGCGGCUACCUCACAUGGAGGGAAAGUAUAUUAAAUUUUAAAGAUAGGAUAUUUUACUGAAAGAAGACAUCAUUUCAUUUUUAAUAAUAACUAGAACUGCAUUCACAAUUUUUUUAAAAAUCGUCUGGUACAACUGGGAAUCAAACUCGUGAAAUUUCGAAAAAAAAACGACAUAUUUUAUGUUAACCAUAACACAUACAUUUUCAAGCGUCUGUACCCCUAACACGAACCAAUAUCGAAUUCGAAUAGUUUGCGAGUGUGAAAUGUCAAUGUCAAAUUUUGUAUGGAAACUUAUACAGUAGCGCCACAAAGUACGUAAUGAGAACUAAAAAUCAGUACACAUUUGACAAUGACAUUUCGCACUCGAAAACUAUUCGAAUUCGCGAUAUUGGUUUGUGCUAAGGUACUUUCUUUUUUUCUGUGUUUUUCAUUUUAGUUAAAAACCGGGUUCUCUUAAUACAUUUUUACAAAGGGGAUCUAAAUACGGAAAGAUAUCUAGAAAUAUUUAGUAUUUUAAGAGGUGAGAUCAAUAAUCUUCCUGGUGCAAAUCGACGAAAUCUCAUUUUCUAGCAAAAUGGGGCUCAUAACAGUAGGAGAACUGCCGAGUUACUUAAUGAACACUUU